AUGAUCCCUCAAUUGCUCACAAGCUUAGCUGCCCUUGCCGUGCUGCCUGUGUCAGCUACUCCUCAUGCUCUCUCUCGACGAGGAACCGUUGACUCCGAUAAGCUGGUCGGGCUCCCGCAGACACUUCCGAGCGGUGCUACUGGUGAUCUGUAUUUGGCCUACCAGCCCCAUCUCAAGGUAGUCAAUGGCUGUGUUCCUUUCCCAGCAGUGGAUGCGGAUGGAAACACCAAUGCCGGUCUCAAUCCCACGGGCUCAUCAAAUGGUGGCUGCAGUAGCAGCACAGGUCAAAUCUAUGUGAGAAGCGGCGCUUCAGGUGACCACUACGCCGUGAUGUAUUCGUGGUACUUCCCCAAAGACGAGCCUUCCACUGGUAUUGGCCACCGGCACGAUUGGGAGGGAGUGAUCGUUUGGCUCUCCGAUUCCUCUAGCACUGCCGCUUCCAACGUGUUGGCUGUCUGCCCAUCAGCACACGGCGGCUGGGACUGCAGCACUAGUGAUUUCACCCUUGAUGGCACUUCGCCUCUGAUCAAGUACGAGUCCAUUUGGCCCGUUGAUCACUCUCUCGGUCUCACAACAACCGUGGGUGGUACUCAGCCCAUGGUUGCUUGGGAAUCGUUGUCAAGUGCUGUUCAAAAUGCUUUGGACACCACUGAUUUUGUUAAGGCCAAUGUGCCUUUUAAUGAGAACAACUGGGCCUCUAAUCUGGCAAAGGCAACUUUCUGA